UGUGUGAGGACAUUCAGCAGAUCAGUGUUUUUGUACCGAGUUGGAUUCUUUAAUCUUCUACUUUUAGUUCAGAUUUUCUCUGGCGCAUCAAAGCUGCGCGGCUCGGAGUUUCCGAACCAUUUUUAAGGUUUCACAGGGAAACGUGUGUGUCCAGAGGCUAGACUUUCCACGACACGGUCAUGUGUGACUUUUUGCUAAAGAACGGGACGCCCGCUCUGUGAAAUCGGCGCCGGAUGGUUGGAUGGAUGUGGAUGUUGUAGGGCGCACUGGAAUAACACAGUGAACUGACAGAGGAUCAGUGUUCUCUCGGCUCUGUUUGUCUGGAGUUCAUCCUUUUCUCUUCUUUUUACUCAUCUCUGGAAUUGUUACACUCAGUGGUGGAGGACGUGCAGCAUUUCUUCCCGAGGCUUUGAUCACCUGCUAUGUGUCUAGUGUGGAAAAUACCUGGCGGAAGGUGUGCAGCGGGAUCUGGUCUGGGAGGACAGGACAUCUGAUAAAUCUCCGUGUCUGAUUUAUUUCCUGUUUCCUCUUUUUUUCUUUUUUUUUUCCAAAUUUGUGCGUAAUGUACGUGGAAUGAAGACAGAGGAUGGAUAUAAUUUGGGAAAUAUUGAUCAUUCUUCAAGCCAAUUUUAUUGUCUGCAUAUCAGCACAACCGAAUCCACCGAAAAUUCACGAAGGAUGGUGGGCGUACAAGGAGGUGGUGCAGGGGAGCUUUGUUCCAGUGCCGUCGUUCUGGGGGCUGGUAAACUCGGCCUGGAACCUGUGCUCUGUGGGGAAGAGGCAGUCGCCAGUCAACAUCGAGACCAGCCACAUGAUCUUUGACCCUUUCCUCACGCCCAUAAAGCUGAACACAGGUGGACACAAGGUGGGAGGGACGAUGUACAACACUGGCCGCCACGUCUCUCUGCGAUUGGACAAGGAACAUUUGGUUAACAUCUCUGGAGGGCCAAUGACAUACAGCCAUCGUCUGGAGGAGAUCCGGCUACACUUCGGCAGCGAGGACGGACAGGGCUCUGAACACCUGCUGAACGGACAGGCCUUCUCUGGAGAGGUUCAACUGAUCCACUACAAUCACGAGCUGUACACAAAUUACACAGAAGCUGCUAAAAGCCCCAAUGGACUGGUCAUAGUGUCCAUAUUCAUGAAGAUCGCGGAGACAUCAAACUCAUUCCUGAAUCGAAUGCUGAACAGAGACACCAUCACAAGAAUAACAUACAAAAACGAUGCGUAUCUACUGACCGGCCUGAACAUCGAGGAUAUUUACCCAGAGACGAAUAGUUUUAUCACUUAUGACGGAUCAAUGACCAUCCCUCCAUGUUUUGAGACAGCCACAUGGAUCCUGAUGAACAAGCCGGUGUACCUCACACGCAUGCAGAUGCACUCCUUGCGGCUGCUGAGCCAGAACCAGCCGUCUCAGAUCUUCCUGAGCAUGAGUGACAACGUUCGCCCGGUCCAGCCACUGAACAACCGCUGCAUCCGCACCAAUAUCAACUUCAGCAUGCAGGGCAAAGACUGCCCCAACAACAGGGCUCAGAAGCUCCAGUACCGAGUGAACGAGUGGUUGCUAAAGUAGCCUCCCUUGGAUGAGCAUGGAGAUGAGUGUCAGAGAUGGAGAGCGGGACGAGGCUGAGGGCAGAAAAGGAGGAUGGAGGAAGGAGGAAGGAGACGAACCGGGGCUUAAGGCCGCAUCUCAUCUAAGAUUACUUCAUGGCAUUGUAUAAAGACAACAACACCGGACAUUAUACGAAUUAUACGGAACUUUGCAUUGUGAGCAAAGAGAUUCUUUUCAUACAUUGAGAACAGUUUGAACCCUUGAUCUAAUACAUGCUAACAAGCCCCUACCCCCACUGUACAACUAUAUCUGUACGAACAUUUUGAUACCAGUACUUUUUUGGGAAGAAAACCAAAAAGAGACACUUGGAAAAACAACUGAAAAAAAAAUAUCAUGGAAGCAUUUAUUUGAUAGCCUCCCAACAAAUAGGGACAACGUUGGGACUUUAAAGCCUUUGUACAUAAAGUUGUUGCUAUCAGUGGGAAAAUCCAAGGACUAAGUCACUGCCCCCCCUCCCCCCAUCCCGCCCGGUCAGACGAAGUGGUCAGCACUCACAUGGGACUUUUCAUUACGGUCACCAACAAAGGCAUGCAAUCAGCAACAGAGAGGGAGCACAGCCUUACCUUGUCAUUUUCCGAAAAAAAAAAAAGAAAAAAAAACUUGAGUCAUGUCACGGGAGACGAGCGAAUAUUUACAGGCUUUCUUACGGCCUCAGAGCAACCAGUGUCUUGGCCUCGUUUGUACAUAUUAUAAUUAUCAAUACUGCAGAAAAAUGAAUAUGUAAAGAAAAGUAAUGAAUUAACAUUCAAAAGAUAUAUUAAGAGGAUUUAAAAAAAAAAAAAGAAAAAAAUAGUUGAGAAUUUUAAAAAGCUUGGCGCACUUUGAAGUCUGGAGCAGUUCUCAGUCUGAGCUGAUGCCUUUUUUUCUGUUUUAUUGUUUACAAUGGUCAUACACUGUGUUUGAGUAAUGUUAUCAGCCCAAUAAAUGUGUCUGGAAAGUUCACUUUGGAAAAUGCUUCACUAUAUGAGGAUCUGACUUAAUUGUAUCUGUACCUGUUUUGUACUGUUCCAUAUUAAAUGUGUUGAUAUGUCAA